UUCAACAGUAAUCGUCAAUAAGUUUAAUUAGUUGUAAAAAAAAGUUGCUAGUUAUGAGCCAUUGGAGUUAUAUUGCUUUAUGGCUGUUGUGUGUAGCAGCAACAUUACAAUCCAUAGAAUCUAGUAAAUAUGCAGGCAAGCCUUUUUCUCGACACGAUAAAUGGACGCAAGCUUUUAAUGGAGAGUAUAUCCCGAUCCAAUUUUAUAAUGCUAUGAGAUCAGCGGAGGCCUCUAAGCAAUCAUUACAAAACCAAUUAAGAAAUUUUUUGGAGCAAUUACAGAAAAAUCUAACGACGUCUACUUUGCUAUCUCUCAUAGACAAUACCCAACAAAAUACAGAUCGUCAGAUAAGCAAAUUAUAUGAAUUAUCGGUGUUUUUUUAUACAGCGGCCGAUGUGGCUAGAUUUUUUGCCCGCGAUUCUGAGAUUUUCUUCGAAAUUGCUAAGAACUCAAGUUAUACCCUGUUGCUACAGCUUCGCCAAAUUCCAGCAACUCAACCUACUGCAAUUAAAUUACUUCUAACCAAUUAUUUUGCGGAAAUGGAAUUUUUUCAUGUAAUGUUUUCCGAGAUUAUUGACGAAGCACUGGAAUACACACAGAACAUAUUAUUCGCGACUCAAAAGACCUUUACAUACUACGCAGAUGUUCAACGAUUUAUUUUGCAAAACUGGAACUUUAAGGGUGAUAUAGGCUGCUGUAAAGAAUACAUGGAAUUUUCCCAACUUUAUUCGUCCCAAAUCUUUAAAUGUGCCGCCGGACACGGUCUUGACGUUGCAUUUGACGUGUUCGCCAUGACUGAGCUUACUAGCAAAUAUGUUAUGCGGCAGCUUGAGUUUCGGAUUCAACGACUAUUCAACUGUUUUUAUUUUGGAAAUUAUGAAAUUCGAUGUAAAUUUCUUCAAAAUGCUGAACAAGACUUUCAAAUGUUAUUCAGUAAAAUGGAGGAGUUGGAAAUAUUUUUUGACAUCAAAAUAAAAAAUGGUCGCGUUUCAGCACUUAGAGUCCGACGUCAAGCUCAAAUUGAAGAGGGUGCGUUGACUGGAGUAAAAUCGUAUGAUGCUUGUAUACCUAAAGACUUUCCACAUAGUCAAAUGCAUCAGAGCUUAAAGCUGUGUUUUUAUAAUAUAAAAGAAUAUUAAUCAUAUCGUAAUGCUUUGAAGGAAUCAACUUUUCUACCAAGCGUUGUGUGCAAUGCAACCAAUUCAUAACUAUCUUAAAAAAAUACAUAAAUUAAAAUUUCAACAUGAUUUCG